AUGCAGGGAGAGCUGCUGAGCCCGUGUCGUUGUAAGGGCUCUGUGCGCUGCACCCACCAGCCCUGCCUCAUCCGCUGGAUCAGCGAGAGAGGCUCCUGGAGCUGUGAGCUGUGUUACUUCAAGUACCAUGUUCUGGCCAUCAGCACCAAGAACCCACUGCAGGUACAUCUCCUCAGUCCGUCCAACCCCUCAUUCUCUCGCUAGAAUGAGACCCUAGCUCCUAGGUACUUCAUGCAGUACAAUAUGGUAGUAGCACCACCUUUCCCACUGCAUGAUUUUCAACAUAUUGCUCAUACCUAUCCUUUCAGAUCUACACAAGUGUCUAGGGUGUAGGGGCUAGGGGUCUCUCAUCCACUCCAGUCGUAUGUGCAUUGUGCACUAGGUCUACUCUCAUCUUCCAAAUGAAUGGAUAUUUUUCUAGUAGCUACAGAUUUUAUCUCACAGUUUUCUGCUGAUGCAUUGAUUUUAAACAAUGCACAAUACCGCAAUCAGGAGUAUGCAGUGCUCUGCUCUGGUGCACGAGUCUAGGCGUUACAGAUACUCACUUUGGUAGAACAAAUCUUGGGCACUCGCAAUGAUGAAGGUGUGAGGACUGGACUUCACCAUAUUGUCCCUUACCGUUCCUUUCUUACUGUCCCUUUCUUGGCCCUCGUGUUUGUUCUGUUCAGUGGCAGGCCAUCUCCCUGACGGUGAUUGAGAAGGUCCAGAUCGCUGCCAUCAUCCUGGGCUCCCUGUUCCUCAUCGCCAGCAUCUCCUGGCUCAUCUGGUCCUCCCUCAGCCCCUCGGCCAAGUGGCAGCGCCAGGACCUGCUCUUCCAGAUCUGCUACGGCAUGUAUGGCUUUAUGGACAUUGUGUGCAUAGGUGAGGAGGAUGAAUCAUAUGAAACUGGACCGUUGGCACAGUCACACAAGUUCUCAUGCACAGGCACCUGCACACACACACACAUGCACGCAGGCACGCAGGCUGGCAGACAGGCAGGCAGGCAGGCAGGCAUGCACACAAAUGCACACGCCCAGACACACACACACGUAAAGCUUUGUAGAUAGAUUUGUUUUGUGUGAAAUGGUGCAUUGCCAACCUGAAAACAGAUGGUACUAGCUACGUAUCUGCACGGUGUGAUUAUGCCAAAUGCCAGUUAUAUACUAGUGCUAUUGUAGUUGGCUGAUUCUUACUUAUUAGUUGCUGAAAGUAUUUAAUGCAAAAGCCUUUAAAACCAUUGGAUAUCUUGCCUUUUCCCGUAUCUGUAAAAAAAAACAUCUCUCUCUCCCCAGGCCUUAUAAUCCACGAGGGCUCAUCAGUGUACCGAAUAUUCAAGCGCUGGCAGGCCGUCAAUCAGCAGUGGAAAGUAUUGAACUAUAUAAAAGCCAAUGACUUGGGGGACCCGCUGAGUAGCAGUAAGGGUGGGGGUCGGGGCUCACGGAGUAACUCCCAUGGCCUGGGUAGUGGCGGCAGUGGGAGACGGAACCGGAGGUUCAGGACUAUUCUAGACCACCACUGUGGCUACACCAUCCUGCACAUCCUCAGCCAGCUACGGCCCCACAACCCACGCUUUGGCUCCACAGCCAACCGGGAGGUGGUGAUGAGGGUGACAACGGUAUGA